AGAAGCAACAGCAGCAGCAGAAGAGAGAGAGAGAACGCAGCUGAAAACACUUUGCAGCCGUCGCGAAGUUCUGGAAACCAUUUGGAGCGAGUGAGCCUUUUUGUCCCACUUCCGGACGCCCCAACCUGGAGUACAUCGUCGGACCAACAUUCGUCAGAUUUUCAUAACUCGUCUAGAAAGUACAAGCGUCCUGUAAACCGCCAUCAUGAGCUCCGAGGAAAGCACAGACAAAACUACCGAGCAGACCACGACCGAGCAAACGGAGACCGAGGAGCAACAGCAAUCGGUCAGCGAGCUCGAGCAGCAGGAGGAGGCCAAAAUGAAGGCCAAGUACGGGGGCAACAUCGGGCUCGGCGGCGGCCCGCGCGGUCUCGGCGGCCACUCGGCCUUCCUGCAGAAGCGCCUCCAGAAGGGCCAGAAGUACUUCGACUCGGGCGAUUACCAGAUGGCGAAGCAGAAGGGCGGUGGCGUGAAGCAGGUGUUUGCCAACAAGGUGCCGACCGGAGAGGCCAUCCCGACGCCGGAAUCCGUGCCAGUGCGGAAAACCUCCAUCAUCCAGCAGUGCAACAAGUUUCAAAGUUAAGUAAGCUGCAAGCUGAACUUUCUUUCUUUCUUAUUCGUUGUUGUGAGAUUUGUCGCGCGUAAUCACCUUCAUCUCCGCGUUUAGUUUUGAUCGUCCCCCCCCUCCCCCUUCUCCCAUACUGCGUACGAUUAUGGUUAGUCUCCUCUCUUUAUUUGCUGUGUGGGUUUUUGUCGUUAAGUUUCUAGUUGUAAGUGAAAGGUGAGCCCCCUCUCCCCGCUCGCGCCCGUUUUCAGCUUAGCGCGUUGAAAAUAAAUAGGCGCUACGAUUUGGCCAUGCAAAACAUUCGGUUCGGUCCCAAUCGAUGCUCGAAGGCAAGCUUAAAAAUUAGGUUUAAAGUUUAGUUUUCUCCAAUACACUUACUCUAAGUUAUAAUCCUUGUAUCACUUAAUCGUAUUCGUUCAUAAAGCGCAAAUUUAAGCCUAUUUAGUGCAUACCAUCUGGAAAAAAAUAAUACAAAAUCAUGUGUAGAAAUCCUUACUUUUCGGAGAGAUUGAGAGAAAAAAUCACAAAUCUGGAGCAACAUUUGAAAAGGGCGCAUAAGCAUUUUGACAGCUAGAACUAUUUUGCAAAUUCAGAGCCAAUGGGUAACUCUUCAACAAAUCCCCCACCGUUAGAAGGUUGCUGGGAAGGCCAGCUAUUGUUUAACACAUCGAAUUUUGUGAAAAAGUUACCUGUUGGCUCGGAAUUUGCACAAUAGUUCUAGCUGUCAAAAUGCUUAUCCGCCAAUUUCUCGUGUUGCUCCAGAAAUCAAAACGGUUUAGGGAAAAACAAAGAAUGGUUAGAAAAUCUACUAAUCUAGAGCAAAGAGAGCGGUGGAAACAAAAACUCACACAAAACACACACACACACACAAAAUUUGGCCACGGGAGAGGACACACAGAAACAUCGAAACAUCCGGUUCCUCCCUUCCCUUUCGGAAUGAGGUUACGGCAAAGCGAUCUGACCCGAGGAGGAGAAGGAGGUGGGCAGGCAGGCUACCUGCAGAAGAGUGUUUUCAGCCAGGUGUUGUACUGUAUAUGUGAAUAAUUAUUCAUCUGAUUUUAAACUGCUAGGGAGA